GAAAUCGUGCCUUUUAAAGAGCUUGACCCCGAAGGACUCUUCUUCUCCUCUGCUUCGCUUGAAAUAACGUUCGUCUCUGCGAUCUGAACCCUUAUCUCGUCGAGAAUCAGAAGAAAACCGAAAAUCAAAAAGAUGGGUUGGAUCGGAGAAACCAUAGAUUCAAUCAAAUCCAUUCAGAUCCGUCAGCUUCUCACUCAAGCCAUCAGUCUUGGGAUGAUUGUUACGUCUGCUUUGAUCAUAUGGAAAGCUUUGAUGUGUGUCACUGGCAGCGAAUCUCCUGUGGUUGUUGUUCUCUCUGGAAGUAUGGAGCCUGGCUUCAAGAGGGGGGAUAUACUGUUCUUGCACAUGAGUAAAGACCCUAUUCGAGCUGGAGAAAUUGUUGUUUUCAAUGUUGAUGGUCGUGAUAUUCCCAUUGUACAUCGUGUCAUUAAGGUUCACGAAAGGGAGAAUACAGGAGAUGUCGAUGUUUUGACGAAAGGUGACAAUAACUAUGGAGAUGAUAGACUUCUGUAUGCUGAAGGGCAGCAGUGGCUUCAUCGACAUCAUAUAAUGGGUCGUGCUGUCGGGUUCUUGCCUUAUGUUGGAUGGGUGACUAUCAUUAUGACAGAAAAGCCUAUCAUCAAGUAUAUUCUCAUAGGGGCAUUGGGUUUACUCGUUAUAACGUCCAAAGAUUGAUUUGAGUUGUUUGGAAAGGCAUGGACUCUGGUUUAUCACCCUUCUGGUCUUGUUGUUUUAAGGGAAAGUAGAAUUUAAAAGACGGGUCAUUUUGUGGUUUAGACCACUUUAAAAGAGCAGAAUUAGAAGCUAAUUUUUAUUGUUAUUGACCAACUCAAAAUGCAAUAGUGCGUGCAUGAACAGUGUGUUAUCUUUACAAAUGUUAGUGUCUCAACUCAAGAAUGAAUGAAGUAAGGAAAGAAUAAGCAUUUCAGAA